AAGGGCGUCGUAUUUGUUGAUUUCCCAGAUCAAAGAUACAGCGUCUGCAAAAUUAAUUGGAUUUUCAUUUUCAGCAAAGCGAUACUCAAUUUUCGCAGAGGAAAGAGGGGAAAAAGAAGAAGAAAAUGUCAAUUCCUCCAUCAUCACCGUGGACCCAUCUUCACGAAAUCGAUGAAGCCCAAACCCUAAUCCCCGGCCUCCCAAACGACGUCGCCGCCCUCAUCCUUUCCUUCCUCCCAUACUCCCACCACUGCCGCCUCAAGCCCACAUGCAAGCCCUGGUACAUCUUCCUCUCUUCCAAGACGCUCCUCUCCCUCCGCCGUUACAACCGCCGCUCCCACCUCCUCUGCAUCUUUCCGGAAGAUCCCCAUAUCUCUUCCCCUUUCCUCUUCGAUCCCGAACACCUCGCCUGGUGUCCCAUGUCCCCCAUGCCUUGCAACCCUCACGAGUACGGCCUCUGCAAUUUCACUUCCAUCUCUCUGGGCCCCCACAUCUACGUCCUCGGCGGCUCCCUCUUCGACACCCGCUCUUUCCCUCUAGACCGCCCUUCUUCUUCUUCCUCGACUUUCCGUUAUAACUUCGUUACUUCCUCCUGGGAUCGCCUCGCGCCAAUGAUUUCCCAGCGCGGGAGCUUCGCUUGCGCUGCGAUCCCCAGCGCCGAUCAAAUCAUCGUCGCCGGGGGUGGGUCCAGGCACACCAUGUUUAGCGCUGCCGGGAGUAGGAUAUGUUCGGUGGAGAGGUACGACGUGGAAAAAGAUCAAUGGGAAGCUUUGGACGGGUUGCCUCGGUUUCGAGCUGGUUGCGUGGGGUUCAUGGUUACGGGAGAUGGGGAAGAGAGGCUGUUUUGGGUGAUGGGUGGAUAUGGAGAUUCAAGAACCGUCUCGGGUGUGUUCCCAGUCGAUGAGUACUAUAAGGAUGCUUUGGUGAUGGAGUUGAAGGAAAAUGGUGAUGGGAAGUGGAGGGAACUUGGGGAUAUGUGGGGAACAGGGGAGACGCCGAGGUUUGGAAAAAUUGUUGUGGUUGAGGAUGAAGAAGGGGGUAAUCCUCCUGCUAUUUUCAUGAUUGAUGAUUAUGAUAUUCUCAGAAACAACAUGGAUUUAAAUCGUUGGCAAAAGGAGUGCAGUGUACCAAGGAGAGCUGCUUGUAAGACAUCAUUUGGUUUUAUUGUUCUGAAUGGGGAGUUACAUGUACUGACGAUUGUAAAUGGAAUUGAUUCAACUGAAACUCGACGGUCACGACGGCAGAAGAGGGCAGGGACAUUGUUUAUGCAGAUAUAUCAUCCUAGGAAGAAGACCUGGAGAUUCCUGGUCUCGAAGUUGCCAUUCCGGCAGCCUUUGGACUUAAGUACCACAGUUAUGUGCCCGAUUUGACUGUAGAUGUAAGAACAUCUUCCUGAUCUGUGCCGUUAAUCGAACGUAAAUAAUCCGUCCAUUCAUAUAUUAUUUCUGUUGAUAAUUCUGGUUCUUUAUUUGUGUUGUGCAGCUUGUACGAUUGUCUAAAUAGAUGUAAAUUGCCUG